AUGGGCCGCCCUCCAGCCUACAUCUUCGUUGUUAGGCAUGGGAAGCGCCUCGAUGCUGCCGACAAGCAAUGGCAUCUUACCUCGCCAACCCCCUACGAUCCCCCCCUGACCUACGGAGGCUGGAUGCAGUCCAGGACCGUCGGGGCACGCAUUGCCUCCAUACUGCGGGAACGCGAGGCUGAAGACGCCUUUGCCGCCGAGGCUGCCGCCCACGACCGCGUCAUCACGACGUCGGUACAUCCAAGGAAGAAGCGGCGGUAUAGGGUCGUCUUGCACAGCUCCCCCUUCCUGCGCUGCGUACAGACCUCCAUUGCCAUCAGCGCCGGCAUCGCCUCGAACCCUCCAUCCUCCGCCGCCCCCGCUGAGAUUCUCCCGCCUCCGACGACACUACCACAGACCCGGGCCUCCACCUCUUCCAACCCAGCUCCUACGCCGUCACAGCCGUCCAUCCCGACACCGGACUGUCUCGCCCACCCCUCGUCCGAUCUGAACCAGCACAUCCAUAAGUGCGUCCUGCGCCUUGACCCAUUCCUUGGAGAAUGGCUCUCCCCUGAUUACUUCGAGCAUAUCACGCCCCCUCCCAAGUCUGGUCUCAUGCUCGCGACUGCCAAGGCCGAGCUGCUGCGCCGUGAGAACUAUAAUGACUAUCCGCAUUUCCAUGCUAGGCAUGUGCCUCAUUUGUCGACUCAGCUCUGGAACGCUUCCCCUCGGCGCGGCAGCGCUUUGGCCGUGUCGAUGACUCCUGACUCUAUACCAGCUUCGGGUGUCAACGCUACACCUAGCCUUACAGAUGGUGUGCCGGGACACAAGGACAGUUCCAACGGUGUCUUGGAAGGAAGACGGUUGCAAGCCGCAUCCGAGGACCAUUCGUCAAGUCCAGGCUACACUGGCCCAGUCCCAUCGUACGCGCUCUCUUCCUCUGAACCCAUACCCAAAGGAUAUGUCGCGCAUGCUCGGGAUGCAUGCGUCGAUGUGGACUACCAGUGGGACUCAACACGGGAUUACCUUGGCUGGGGAAAUGGCGGAGUCCUGCCUGAAGAGUGGGCAGCAAUGCACCAAAGAUUCAGGAGAGGAUUGAGGCGUAUGGUCGACUGGUACGGCACCACGGAAAACCCUGGAGAAAUGGUGACCAAGACGCCGAUGAGUCCCUCCUCUGAGAACCCUCCAAACGAGUCUAGGAGGAAAAGCGAGCAGGAUAACUCGGCUGUUGAGGACGCUGAGGACGUGGAAGAUGUUGAGAUUGAGGAUGUCGUCAUCCUUGUGUCGCACGGUGCCGGCUGCAACGCCCUCGUGGGUGCCAUCACACAGCAGCCGGUUCUUGCUGACGUGGCCAUGUCGUCUCUGUCAAUGGCCAGACGGCGCACAGCAUUUGAUCAUGCCGAUCUUAGUCAGGAGAUAUCUGCUUUGUCUCUGGAUGAGGCCUUGCCAAGGAACUGCAGCUCCAUGCCGGACAUGUACGAGCUCAAGCUAUUUGCCAGCACGGAGCACCUACGCACUGUAAUCACGCCACCCACCAUUAGCCGGUCUUCGUCGAUUGCCGGUGCCACUCCGCGCGGCCGCCCAAGCACUGGAUACUCAUCGGCGCUCAAGGAGAUCAGGUUCGGCGCGGCUUAUGGGGAGACGCCUGUGGGUAGUCGCAGCAACUCGGCCAAUGCCUCCUUGGGCAGUAUGAGGAGAUCAUCUGGGGGGCCGGCGUUAGUGUUACGACCGUCCUUGCCCAAUAAUGCUAAUAAAGGGGGCAUUACCGUCGGCAGCGGCGUCUCCAGCUUUUCACCAACUCGGCCCAACCGCUCGGGGUUAUGGGGCCUUUGGACUCCAAAUGGAGAUGAAGGUGAGGCAGAGAACGAGCCGGAGCCACCAAUGCUGCUUGACUUCAGCCACGAAGUGGACGCGAAGCAGAGGGUAGAUGGGGCACAUACAAAGGAUGACGCCAAAAAGUCCAACAGCGGCGUGCCAGAACCCCCCACGCCUCCAAAGCCGACUGACCAGAAGCAUGGCUCCGAGGUAUCCCAUGACGAAGAACAUGACACUUUUGAUGAAGACUCAGUUCCGCAUCUUUGGGCUGGCACCGGUAAUGGAGGUCUCUGGGGAGCACCGCGGCCUCCGGGAGAAGCCGAAAGACUACGUGAUUUCAGCGCUUCGAAGAGGCGAUGGACUGUCACCGAGCGCUGA